GCUGUCACUGAUGCAGUAUGAGAUAUGGACAACAUCAUCUUGACAAUCAGACACUUAGGGAAUGUUUCUCUCUCAAGCACAGGAUUCCCAGAGACACAGAGCUGGUGAGAUGAAAUCUAUGGAUCUCCAGAUAUAGCUUCCUUACGGUAUCCAAGAUGUGGCUGCAAGAUUGGUCAAGGGUCAAAGACCUGGAUCUGAUCAUUGUUCUGUUUGCCCUUCAUGCUGUCCUUGAAGCUCAGGUGACACACAACAGGAAGCAGCAAAAAGAAGAGUUGACCUGGCCAUCCCAGGGGCUCUGGUCAGAGUGGACUUCCUGGUCUUCGUGCUCCAGCACCUGUGGAGAUGGAGCAGCAUUUAGGAAGCGCAGGUGUCUGUGGGCCACCAAAGAGAAGUGCUCAGGGGUACAACGACAGUAUAAAUUGUGUCAAAGUGGGGUGUGUCCUGCAGAUGCCUCACCGUUCAGGAGUAUGCAGUGCUCUCUGUACAACUACAAAUCCAUUCCAGGCACUCGGCAUAGGUACCAAUGGGUGCCAUUUGAUGGAGCUCCUACAGCCUGUGAUUUACACUGCCUGGCCGUUGGACACAACUUUUAUUACACCUUUGGGCGAGUGCUGGACGGUACUAGAUGUGGGCCAAAUUCAGAUGGCACCUGCAUAAAUGGAGAGUGCUUGACUGCUGGCUGUGAUGGGAUCCUAGGUUCUGAAGCAACCACGGACUCUUGUGGGAAAUGUGAGGGGCAAAACCAAUCAUGUGUAUUUAUCCAGGGAGUUUUCCGGGAGCCUUUCCCCUCCACAGGGAUCUUUCAGUACAAGAACGUGACCCGAAUCCCAGCAGGAGCAACACAGAUUAAGGUGACUGAUCGGAGCCGCAACUUUUUAGCCCUAAUGAGCUCCAAUAGACGGUAUGUGGUUAAUGGAAACUGGGCUGUGUCCUGGCCAGGGGUGUACAAAGUAGCAGGGACUGAAGUUCAUUAUAACAGGACGGAAACAAGCCACGAGAUCCUGGAGGCACCCGGACCUACAAAAGAUGAUUUAUACAUCUUGGUCCUUUUCCAAGAACGUAAUCCAGGCAUUGAGUAUGAGUUUUGGCUGCCAAAGGAGACAUUUCAGAGCAUCAGGGAUGGAUUCAAAAACAAGAACCCUGCAUAUCACAGCGAAAUAGCCUUAGUCCCUUGGGUACAUGAUCCUACUCCACAUAGUAACCACCAGCCCUUAAAAGAUGCCGCGGAACUCAGAGAGGACCUCUCUGUUAGUACAGGCUCCUGCAGAAAGUGCAUGAAACCUCGAGGGCGAGUCAAGAGGGUGAAAAACUACUGUGAGAGUGACUUCGUGAUCCGUGCUAGGAUUUUGGCUAAGAGAUUAUUGGGACAAGAGACUCGCUAUGACAUCCAGGUGAUGUAUGUUUAUAAAAAAAACUUCCCAAUUGUGCAUCGGGAAUAUAUUUGGGUGUCAAACACUUGUGACUGCCCAGAGCUCCAAGUAAGGCAAGAAUAUCUUCUGAUGGCCUCACGACAUGUGAAUUAUGAGCACACACUGAACAGAAUCCUGCUCUCCGCUAACAGCUAUGUCAAACCCUGGUCACCGCAUGAGGAUCAGCAGCUGCGGAACAUUGGCAGACUCUGUUCUGCAUCCCUCUGAGGACACCAUUUACAACAUCUUUCUAACAGGUCUGCACGUGGAGGGGAGUUCGGGCCAGAAUCCCUACAGAAACCAGGGAGAAGUACUAGCCAAAAGACACAGUCAAACCUGUCCAAAAGUCUUGUGGGAACCAGCAUUGGGAGAGUGGAAAUGCCUUCCUAAUAAAUUACUGUGUGCAGUGACUCAAACGUACUACCUGUGACCGACUGGCAGUCAUAUCAGUUUAGGAAGUGCCAAUGUUGAACCAGAAAACAUGCAGUGAAUAAUCAGUGAGGUACUUGUAUCUUGUAGAGACAGGCUUCAGAAAGAGAGAUUGGAGUCUGAAAGCCACCAAUCAUAGGAGAAUCUGAGACACA